AUGUCUGAGCUCUUUAGCCUGGGGUAUACCAACCAAGUUAACCAGUUGAAAAACGCUUUUGAAAAUCUGUUGGUGUACAUCAUUUCUCAUCUGGAUUACUUGAAGAAGACCACAGCUACGGCGCGUGUAGCGAUCCGCUUUCUGGAGCAUGAAACGCAUUCAGGCAAUCGGUUCCUACGUCUUCAACGUCCAGAAGAACAACCAGAAAAGCUGGCGCAGCUUUCACGAUGGGCUUCCGGCAGGAAAGUGGCGAAAUCCGAAUCCCCUGACGGCGCUCCGCCUGCGACGGGACCACCGGACGACGGUGAUCCAGUUGCCAACCCACGAGUUGUGAAACGUUGGCUAAGCAUUUUGGAUUGCGCUGUUUAUUUUUCCCAGGUUUGA